GCCAACUGGCCACACUGAAAUUCGCGUGUAUGUGUGCAUUACGCGUAUUAUUACGCGAAUUAAGAGCGUCGAAUUGAAACAAAUAUUCUGGACUCGAGCCGGUCGCCAGAGUUCCACGGUUGCCGCCAACGCCGAGCUUAGGUAUCUAGCCAACCGGGCCAUGUACGCCACGAACAAUGGCGGCACGAACAAGGCGCCAAACAGCAAUGCCACCUCCAUGUUCGACAACACCAUCACAGUGACCCCUAUCAAAGUGGAACUGGGACAGGCGUAUGCAAAGGCCCAGAAUCCUGCGGCGGCUGUGUCGAUGCAGCGACGGACUCCCAACGCAGUGGUGGUCACCACCUCCUCCUCCGCGCAACAACAACAGCAGCAGCAGGCGGCACAGCAACAACAGCAGGCGAUAUCAAUGGCCAGUCUGGUAUCCAAUGCCAGCUCUCUGGUGAAUCCCAGCAUGAGUGUGACGGUGGCCACCACUGGGAGCACCGCCAAGGAGAAGCCCACAAAGGCAACACGGGCUCAGGUGGCCCGCAAACCGCCGCCCACCAUCGACAACUUCUGGCCGAAUAUUGUGAGCGAGGUGCACGGAAUUAGCCAGGUGGACGCCAAGCACCAGGUGCUACCACUGGCGCGCAUCAAGAAGAUCAUGAAGCUGGACGAGAAUGCCAAGAUGAUUGCCGGUGAGGCGCCGCUUCUGUUCGCCAAGGCCUGUGAGUACUUCAUCCAGGAGCUGACCAUGCACGCCUGGGUGCACACCGAGGAAAGCAGGCGGCGAACGCUUCAGCGCUCGGACAUUGCCCAGGCCAUCGCCAACUACGAUCAGUUCGACUUCCUCAUCGACAUUGUGCCGCGCGAGGAGAUCAAGCCCUCGUCGGCGCAGAAGGGAAAGGAUGGCAGCAGUUCCAGUUCGAGCGGAAUGGCCGGUUCGACAAGCAAUGCGGCCUCCACGUCCAAUUCAGCAACCUCCAAUGCAGCCGCCUCCGUGGCGGGCAAUGCUUCCGCCACGGGCAAUUUUGUAGCCGGUGGAUCCAAUGUACCUGCGGCCACAGCUGGCGGCCUGAAGCUGGACACUACGGGCACGGCCUCCGCCGCCGAGGUGCUCGGCUUUAGCACCGUUAAUCCGGACAUCUUCUCAGCGCAACUGCAACAACAACAGCAGCAGCAGCAACAACAUGCCGCCCAACAGCAGCAACAACAGCAGCAGCAUCACCAGGCUCAUCCGCAGCAGGUACAGAUCAUUCAGCAAGGCGCUGGUGGCCAGCAGCUGCAGUACUUCAUCGCGCUUCCCGGCCAGCAGGCGGCGCAGCUCGUGCAGCAGGUGCAACAGCAGCCGCAGCCCGCUCAGAAUCAUCUGCCCAAUAGCCUGGGCAUCAACAUCGUGUCAGCCCAACAACCCACCCAGCAGUUGAUCCUGACCACCGGUCCAAAUGGCCAGCUGACCGCCACGCCAGCGCCGCAAACGGCCGCCCAGCAGCAGACGGCACUGCUCCAGAAUCUCGCCCAGCAGCAACAACAACACCAGCAACAACAGCAGCAGAUUCAGCUGCUCCAGCAAGUGGUGACGCCAACGGGGGAGCUGACUAAUGUGCCGAUCGCCAUCAAUGCCAACCAUUUGCAUCUCCUGCAGCGCCUGCAAAUGCAACAGCAGCAGCAACAACAGCAGCAGCAACAGCAGCAGCAGCAACAGCAGGUCAUCAUCCCAACCCAACUGCUGACGGCGCAGCAACUGCUCCAGUUGGGCGGAGCACCCACGGUGGCCCAUCAGCAGCAGCAGGUCCAAGUGCAGCAACAACAACAGCAGCAGCAAGUUCAGGUGCAGGUCCAGCAACAACAUGCCAAUCUCAGCCAGAGCAACGCCAGCGCAGUGUCCAGUGGCACGCCGAUCUUCAUCAACUCGACCAUGUCCAGUGCCCAGGCGGCGACGCAGGCGCAGCAUCAGGCAGCGCAACAACAGCAUCAGCAGCAACAACAGCAGCAGGCGCAAACGAUCUCCACCAUGUCCGCGGAUCGCACACUAACCGGCGGAUUUCGGUAAAAGCUGGGAGAAUUCAAUCCGAACGGACGGACAGUUGGCAAUCAUAUCGAAGCAUCGGGAGGCGUUGGAAUCGGGCAUUGGCAACGGGCAUUGAUUGCGCCAUCCCCUGUCAUCCAGCACAAUGUAUAAUAUUAUAGUUUACGUAGGUGUAUACGAUUGUAUAUCGGAGGAGAUUAUAUAUAGCUAGUGUCUAAGACGUAGGCAUCUGUGUAGAAAGGAUUUCUCAAUUGUAAUUUAUUGCUGUCCCUACCGCCCUACCGCCCCCCUGGCUGCAGGUUUCACCUCCUCCAAAACACCGCCACAUCCACCACUUUUAAACAUAGCACUUAGAGAGAAUAUUGGGAACCUUAGUGUACGACAAGGAUGCCACCGGUCCAAAGCAUAACCCAGCGUUUCGCGUGGCAUCCGCGGUUUAUUAUGUAUUUGUACUUCUAACUAAGCUAAGCUCUGAUAAACAAUUAUAAGCCACCAAGGACUAUGUGCCAGAAA